AUGACUGAAAAACUUCCUCCAGGAACAUUAUGUGUAGUUUGUGAGGAUAUCGCUACUGGUAAUCAUUAUUCUGUUCCAUCAUGUAAUGGAUGUAAAACAUUUUUUCGACGGGCUGUUGUGAACAACAGGAUGUUCACCUGCAUGGGUAACGGCGACUGCCCCGUUAAUAAAGGUGUGCGAUGUGCUUGUCGUCAUUGUCGCCUCAAAAAGUGUCUUCUUGUCGGGAUGGAUAAGAAAUCCAUACAAAAUGAUAGGGAUCGUAUCGGGUAUACCAAAAGAACACGAAAGUGCGACAAGAACUCGGAUGGUACCAACGAGAAUAACGACAGCCGGCAUGCUUCUUCGCCUGAUUCGUUUCAUGACCAUGAAGACCUGCUUGGUCCGAGUUGCUUGGACUCAAAUCAGCACAAGCAUGAGAACAAUAAUGUUGAUCCCAUGCUUGAGCGAUUGACGACAUUGGAGAAUAACUUGACGUUGCUGUUAAGUCGUGCUGAAAUUGAGCCGUAUGCAUCGCUAGAUGACGCAUUAGCAGCGCCAAGUCGUUUCCAUCAACCCAUUAGUGUCAGAAUUACCGACCCAAUUGCCUCGCCAAAGCCGGGCAUGGAUGAGAAUAAAAUGCCUUUUUGGAGAUCACGGAUCAUUGCGCUAUAUAUUGACUGGGCAAAAUCAUUUGCGUGUUUUAGGAAUCUUCCCCAUGCUGACAAGGUAGCGCUGAUCACUAAUCAUGCCAGUUCUUAUAUGAUCAUGUGUGAAGCGUUCCGAACUCCUGAACAUGUCGAUGACAAAAAACUAGAAAGCGCUGUAAUUUCCCGUUCAGCAACCAAUGAACAGUUGCAAGGAUUAUUGAGCAGUAAGAGUUUAGACUUGUUCAGAAUCAAGACUGAACCGAAGGCUGAGAGUCCUGAAGCGCAGUCGAUACAGCUUCCAACGGAAUAUGGGAGUUUACCGGCUGAUUAUGGAACAUCAAUUCCUCAGGAUUAUGGCCGCCCUGUUCCUGGCAUUGAAGGACGAUCGGAAAUGCACACCUUUUUUGAUAGUAAACUUUUUGAAGAUCACAAUGCUUGUCAGAAAACAAGCAGAGCAAUGGCUAUCACAGAAGGAGUUACUGUUGGUUGGUUACCGACGAGCUUGCAAGAACGACGUCGUGAUGCGGUAGCAGCUGGAAAAGCGCUGUCUUUCAGUUUAUCCGGGUUAACGCCAGUAAUGGCGGCAAUGAUUGACUACGUGAUGAAACCCUUCCGACAGUUGAACAUCUCAACAACGGAAUUUGCUGCGCUCCAGGCCAUCAUGUUCUUUGAUCCCGACACGGAAGGAAUUGAUUCCGCAAGUCAACGCAAUGUGGCCGCUGAGCAGAAAAAGUUACUUACAGCUUUGCAUAGACAUAUUCAAAAAAAUUACAAGUCGCCCAUGGCUGAUGAACGAUAUGCGAAUAUACUUCUGAGGAUCCCAACAAUUCGGAAGGUGGCUGCCAAGAAGAACGAAUCAUUGCAAAUGAUUGACAUGCUAAAUCUAUUCGCUCUGAACUCUCUCGUGAAGGAGACAGCUUUGGGUGUCCGAUCAUCAUGUUCAAGCACUCCAGCUCUGGGAGCGACCAUAAAUGGCGAGUAUCCAUCAGAAUGAACAGGGAACAAUUAUCCGUCUUUAAAGAGGUCUCAUCCAUAUAUUCUCGGGUUUGAGGAUUCGUUCAUAAACGAUCCCUACAUUUUACUUCUCUUCAAAUGUCUUUUCAUUGUUUUUAUCUUGAUUUUCGUUUCACUGCUUCAAACAUUUUGACUUGUAUAUAGUUGACUAAGUCCACACUGCUGACUGAUCCGUUAAUUAGUUUAUUUAUCGUAAAGACAUCGUCCAGGAUUUGAUUGACUUUGUUUUUUGAUGAAGUUUUUUAUAUCUCUUAUUGAUCAUUCUCAAGUACUUCUACCAUCUACUUUUCACCUCCGACCGUCAACACCUCAAGUUCCAUCUGGGAAACACUUCAUGCUCGAGAAGGUCUCGCUUCUUAUCUUUCAACAUUUUCAUAAUUUUUUCAUAUUUUGCUUGAGAUCCAUCACAUUUAUGAAGCUCUCAAUUUCUCUUACCUUAUUCCAAAUUCGUUUGUUUCUUUUCUCCAAAGCAAGACUUUUCCCCCGCGGAUUUUUCCCAGAUCUUGCUUGUAUGUCGAACAUCCAUCUUUUGCAUCUGAUUCUUUGUAAAUCCAAUCUCUGGAGAGAUGAUUUGUCUUGCCAUAACAAAUAUUUCGCUAGAUUGUUGUGAGUUGAAUUGUUGUGAGCUACGAUUCGAGUACUUAAGUCUAGUCGUUCUAUUUUAUGCCCAGGAGAUGUUUACGAUAGUAAUACGCUAGUUUCUUUCAUGAAUAUUCCUACAUAGCGGGCUUGAAGCCGGCAAAAACUGGUAAUAAAUUUAGUUUUGAACAAGUAUUUAGAAUUUGCUCGAACUUUGUCAGCUCUAGGUCUGUUACAAACUAUCCGCUCAGUGGUAGAUUCUACAGUCAAACUGUAUAUUAGAUGCAUAUCAUGUUCAAAUGCUAGUUUUCCAUAAUAUUCCCAUGAGACUUAGGAUUUUCCACCCCAUAUACACUCCUUGUCCGGGUCUAUUCUUAUGCAUAACUAUGCACCAUUUUUUUUACAUUGCGACUCGAAUAGAUUUCUAUUCAUAUAUUUCUAUUAUUAUAUGUAACGCAUCUCUUUGAGUGAUAAUCAAGUGUUGAACUGUGAAAUUGUGAUGAUGGUUGGAUAAAGAUUUGCAGGC